CCGUCAUCGCGUGCACAAGCUUGCAACACCUUGACUGCUGCAGCAAACCAUCUCACAUCACAUCUGUUGACGGACAACACACAUCUCUCCCCCUUGAUCGCUGCGCAGAAUCAACCUCCGUGGUCACCUGUCUUCACCAUGUCCGCACCGCCCACGACACGCCUGCUGCGCCAAUGCCUCCGCCGCACCUCGAAAGCGGUUGCGCAGCCCACUCCCCACCGACAGAUGCACCGCCAGGCCCUCCGCCAAACGAUACGUCCCGUCACCUUGUCGCAUCCGCGAUGGCUCUCGAUCACAUCUACCGCUCGCGCUGGCAUCAUGCCUGAGACAGAAGACCCCAAGCCGCCGAAUGAUGAAGCUGUAGAACCCGGCAGCCUGCACGCCGCACAGCUCACCGACGAGGAGUAUCAGCGGCUGUCUGAUCUGCAGAUGGAUGCCGUACAUGAGAAGGCAGAGGCUAUGCAGGAGUCGCGGGAAGACGUUGAAGUGGAGUACUCUGCCGGUGUGCUGAACAUUGUGUUCCCACCCAAUGGCACCUAUGUUCUCAACAAGCAGCCGCCGAAUAAGCAGAUUUGGCUGUCAUCGCCUCUGUCCGGCCCCAAGCGCUUCGACUGGGUGGUAUCGGGGGAGAGCAUGCAUCAGAAAGAGGGCGGAGGUCAUGGAGAUUGGGUGUACCUGCGCGACGGCACGAGGCUCAAUGCUUUGUUGAGCAAGGAGCUCGGAUUGGGUAUUGAUCACAGCGAGGAAGAUAUGGCUCCCAGCAAGGAUGCAACAGAAUAGACGGCUGGACAGAGGGCUGCCAGAUGCAAUUGGCC